GUGAUUUUUAAACGCACACCAAAAUAAAUUCAAAAGUUCUUAAAUUAAUUAAUAUCUCAAGAAUGAGUGAGAGUUCAAGUGAGAAUUUUGGCGAUUCUGAUUCGGAUAUUAGCCAGAAAUCAGAGGAAGGUAAAGAACAGACGAAAACAAAGAAGAAAUUGCCCGAAAAACGAAAACAAAAAGAACCACAAGAUGAUUCUGAUGAUAGCGAUGAUUCUAUGGACGAAAAGGAAGAUGAUGGGGCACAACUAGUUAAGAAACGAAAAACAUUGAAGGAUUAUUUGAAUGAGAAGGCUGCUAGACAAGCUUUAGAGGAAGCAGAGAAACUUGCUCGAGAAGCAGAGUAUGAUGGACCAUCAUAUCCUUCAAUCAACACACUUAAUUACAUUAAGAACAAGGAAAUUCGCCAUAAAGUGUUCAGAAAAGAGCAGGCACAAAAAAAGAAAGAGGAUAAAAAGGCUAGAAAAAUGAGACAGCAAAUGCCUGGCGUUAGAUCUAAAGGACAUACAAUUGAGAGUCUUCGAGAAACAGAUCAAACAGUUGUAACAAAUUUAGAAGACUCUGAAAAUGAAGAAACAAAAAAGGAAAUAGAACUGGAUGAAUUCUCUGAAUAUUUCAGCAAGGCUUACGAGCCAAAAGUUCUCAUAACAUACUCUGAUAAUCCAUGCUCAAGAACAAGAGGAUUUGCUAAAGAAUUGACACAAAUUAUCCCAAAUUCACUAGCCACAACUCGUCAUAGAUCAUCAAUUAAGAAAGUUUGUGCCAGUGCUGAACGUGAAAAGUACACAGAUGUUUUAGUGCUCAAUGAAAAUCGUAAGAAAGUUAAUGGAUUGCUUUUAAUUCAUCUUCCAAACGGUCCAACAGCUCAUUUUAAAGUCAGCAAUGUGAAAUUAACAAAGGAUAUAAAGAGAAAGUUAUCAGAUUUUACAUCACAUCGACCAGAAGUAAUUCUAACGAAUUUCACGACAAGAUUAGGUACAACAAUUGGUCGUAUGUUGGGUGCUAUUUUCCAUUAUGAGCCACAAUUUAAAGGACGCAGAGCAGUCACUUUCCAUAAUCAACGUGACUAUAUAUUCUUUAGACAUCAUCGCUAUGAAUUUGACAAAGAUGGAAAUAGAGUAAGGCUCCUAGAAUUAGGUCCAAAAUUUACUUUAAAACUUCGUUCCCUUCAACAAGGAUUAUUUGAUAGCAAAACAGGCGAUUAUGAGUGGAUGAUAACAAAUAAGAGACAUCAAAUGGAAGGAAAUCGUCGUCGAUUCUUCUUGUAAAUCGUAAUUAUUGUCAAAUUUCAAAUUAAGAAUAAGAUAACCAG